AUGAUAAAUUUAUUGGUGCUAUUGAAAGACAAUGAUACUCAAGAAGGUGGAUCCGAACCUAAAAAUGAUGACAAUGAAAAUUUAUACGUUGGUAAGGGUAAAGAGAAGGCAGUAGAAUUAACAAAUCAAGA